GAUGCUGAAUUCUCACUUUUGCUGCAUUUUAUACUGCUUUAAAUGCGAGACAGAUUUAGAGUAGCACCAAUGUCUGAGUGAAAAUUUGCUCUGCUAUCUGUGACUUCUCCUGUGUGUAACUAUGAUGAGCCCAGAUUUAGAGCACAACUUCUCUUGCACCAAUUUAUAUGACCAUCGUCCAGUGGCCCGAGUUCUCAUACCUCUGGCCUAUUCCAUCAUAUGUCCAGUGGGACUUUUAGGCAAUGCCCUAGCUCUUCAUGUGAUCUUCUCCAACAUCACCAAACUUAAUUCCAUCACGCUUUAUUCCGCCAACCUGGCUGUGUCUGAUAUCCUGUUCUGCCUGUCGCUUCCCCUCCGUGCUGUUUACUACGGCCUUGGCUUCCACUGGCCCCUGGGGGAAGGACUAUGUAAAGCCAUAACACUGCUCUUCUAUUUGAACUGCUAUGCUGGAGUAAACUUCAUGACCUGUCUGGCAGUCGAUCGUUUUGUGGCGCUGGUGUUUCCUCAGAGUCUGGUGAAAUUGAGAAAGGUGAAAAAAGUGCGACUAGUGUGUCUGGCCAUUUGGCUGCUGGUGUUUGCCCAGACGUUGCCUCUCCUGACCAUUAACUUGACCAAAACGGAGCAUGACAACAGCAUCACCUGUAUGGAAUACCCCAAUUUUGAGGGUCUUUUCAAAGGGCUGCCCUACAUGCUGAUCGUGGGGGUAGUUUUAGGCUUUGGAGUCCCACUGGUGACAAUCAUCGCCUGCUAUUCCAUACUGACCCGUAAACUACAUCUAGCAGCACAGUCGAACCGACUGACAGAACGUUCUGGAAGGACCAAAAAAGCAAGAGGAGUGAUCGCAGGAGUGGUAUUUGUGUUUGUGGUGUGUUUCAGCCCAUACCAUAUAGACCUUUUGCAAUACAUGAUCCGAAAACUUUUCUAUGCUCCAGACUGCAUGGAGCUACAGUCCUUUCAGAUAUCCCUGCAUAUUACGGUGUGUCUUAUGAACUUAAAUUCAUGCCUGGAUCCCUUUGUUUACUUUUUUGCAUGCAAAGGCUACAAGCAGAAGCUGAUGAGAAUGAUGAAGUGGCAGGCUGGCACCCACUUCUCCAGUGUUGGAAGAAUCUCGCCUGAAAGUUCAGGCAUAGGUGAUGUGCUCGGCACACGCCGCAACACCGGAAUAACAAUGAACACUAUUAGAGAAGCUCAGUAAAACAAUUAUCAACAAACGCCAACAUAAGGUGAUGAAAAGUGACCACAAACACAUAUGUGGGGCCACAACUGAGACUUAAAAGCCAAAUACAAGGCUAAUUAGCCACAAGUGGCCUAAAAGUCACAGACAACUUGUCUCUCCUGAUUUUAAACAGCACACACCUCAUGAAACAGAUGGACGAUUGACA